AACAUUCAGGAAUCGAAGAACGAAGAGGAGUUGCGAAAAGUUGAGAAACUUUUCUUACUUAACACAGAUUGAAAAAAGCCAAACUGCAGCUGAAGACGGUGGACCGUAGAUCGCAGAUAUGGGUAAUACGGUAUCGGCAGCGGAGAUUGUCGCUUCGAACAUUGUUCCAAACACGGCGGUAAAGGGCGAAGAACCGGCACUACCGAAAGGCCAUCCGCCCGUUGGCGAUAAACAUGGCAUGAUGGGUAAUCCCCCUCCCGAGUGUCCGAUGCACCAGAAGCAAGAGGUCAAAGAACAGCCGGUGCUGGUAUCAGAAUGCCCGGUUAAGCAUGAUGGAGGUGGAGAUGUGAACCCCUUGAACAUGAUGCCUCCCGCAAACCAGAACCCUUCGCCGGGGCAACCGUUCCCGCUACCGACCGAUCGACAGGUAUCGACGAUUCCGAAAGCCACCACCGACGGAAAGCAGGAGUUCUGGGUGUAUCCCAGCCAGCAAAUGUUCUGGAAUGCGAUGCUCCGUAAAGGCUGGCGCUGGGAAAAGGACGAUAUCGCCCAGAAGGAUAUGGACGAUAUUAUCAAGAUACACAACGCCAACAACGAGCAAGCUUGGCAGGAAGUGUUGAAAUGGGAAGCGCUGCAUGCGCGAGAAUGCGGCAAUCCUCGCUUGAAGAGUUUCGGAGGAAAAGCGACGGAUUACAGUCCGAGAGCGAAAAUCCGGAACAUGAUGGGAUACGAACUGCCGUUUGAUCGACACGAUUGGAUCAUCGAUCGCUGUGGAAAGGAUGUGCGGUAUAUCAUCGAUUACUACGAUGGCGGAAUGGUUGACGAGAAGUACAAAUUCGCACUGCUCGAUGUCAGACCGGCGAUGGAUUCGUUUGAAAAUGUAUGGGAUCGCAUGAAGGUGGCCUACAUGAGAUGGAAGUUUGAGCUGGAAGACAAAAUCAAAGAGCUGAAGAAUUAACGCUUCUUUAAGUACGCCAUAGUUUUGUGGAUUUACCUUUCGCCUAACUUUAAAUUUACUCCCUUGCUAUUUUAAGGACUAUGAAACCGGAUUAAACAGAUGCAUGUUCGAUAUUCGAAAUAAACGUAGACACACUUUUGCUUUUUAAGUUAUUGACCAUGAAAGUAAAGUAUGAACAAUAGGAAUAAAGAAUCCCGAUCAAAUAAAGUCGUUAAAGAACUUAAAGAA